GGCAGAGGUGGGUGCUGGGCCGUGGCGGAGGUGGGUGCUGGGACCAGUGUGGAGUGGGUGCUGGGACCAGUGCAGGGCAAGGAGGCUCCUCAUUAGCGGCGCCGCGCGGCCCCCGGCCAUGGGGCAGAGCCAGGGCUCCGGGGCCCCCCCGGCCCCCCACAGCGACGGAGGUGACGGGGGAGGCCGCCCGGGGCCGCCGCCGGGGGCCUCGCCGCUGGAGCGGGGUCUCCACGCCGUCGUCGACGCCUUCUACGGCUACGCGACGGUGCCGGCGCCGGGGCGGGCGCCCAGCCUCAGCCCCGGCGCCUUCCAGCGCCUGCUGCACCGCGAGCUCAGCCGCCAGCUCACCGACACGGGGGCGAGCGAGGCGGUGGCGGCCGUCUUCGCGCUGCUGGACGCCAACGGCGACCGCCGCAUCUCCUUCGACGAGUACUGGCAGCUGGUGGCCUGGAUCUGCCAGGUGAUCCGGCACCGGCGCUACGGCGAGGCGCCCGCCGCCGCCACCGCCAUCGCCGCCACGGCCGCCACCGCCGCCGCCACCAUCGCCGCCGCCGCCACCGACACCGCCGCCCUGGCCCGGCCCGGCGACGGCGAGUAGCUGCCGCUGCCACCGCCACCGCCGUGGGGAUGGGGGUGGUCCUGGAGAAGAGCCACCGCCGCCAUGGGGAUGGGGAUGGAGAUGGAGAUGGGGACAUCUCUGAGGAACAGUCACCACCACCCCCGUGGGGAUGGGGAUGGAGAUGGGGACAUCCCUGAGGAACAGUCACCACCGCCAUGGGGAUGGGGAUGGAGAUGGGGACAUCCCUGAGGAACAGUCACCACCCCCGUGGGGAUGGGGAUGGAGAUGGGGACAUCCCUGAGGAACAGUCACCACCACCCCCACGGGGAUGGGGAUGGAGAUGGGGACAUCCCUGAGGAACAGUCACCACCACCCCCAUGGGGAUGGGGAUGGAGAUGGGGACAUCCCUGAGGAACAGUCACCACCACCCCCACGGGGAUGGGGAUGGAGAUGGGGACAUCCCUGAGGAACAGUCACCACCACCCCCACGGGGAUGGGGAUGGAGAUGGGGACAUCCCUGAGGAACAGUCACCACCCCCACGGGGAUGGGGAUGGGGACAUCCCUGAGGAACAGUCACCACCACCACCAUGGGGAUGGGGAUGGAGAUGGGGACAUCCCUGAGGAACAGUCACCACCACCACCAUGGGGAUGGGGAUGGGGAUGGGGACAUCCCUGAGGAACAGUCACCACCACCCCCACGGGGAUGGGGAUGGAGAUGGGGACAUCCCUGAGGAACAGUCACCACCACCCCCACGGGGAUGGGGAUGGAGAUGGGGACAUCCCUGAGGAACAGUCACCACCACCAUGGGGAUGGGGAUGGAGAUGGGGACAUCCCUGAGGAACAGUCACCACCCCCACGGGGAUGGGGAUGGAGAUGGGGACAUCCCUGAGGAACAGUCACCACCACCCCCACGGGGAUGGGGAUGGAGAUGGGGACAUCCCUGAGGAACAGUCACCACCACCACGGGGAUGGGGAUGGAGAUGGGGACAUCCCUGAGGAACAGUCACCACCACCACCAUGGGGAUGGGGAUGGAGAUGGGGACAUCCCUGAGGAACAGUCACCACCACCCCCACGGGGAUGGGGAUGGAGAUGGGGACAUCCCUGAGGAACAGUCACCACCACCCCCACGGGGAUGGGGAUGGAGAUGGGGACAUCCCUGAGGAACAGUCACCACCACCCCCGUGGGGAUGGGGAUGGAGAUGGGGACAUCCCUGAGGAACAGUCACCACCACCCCCGUGGGGAUGGGGAUGGAGAUGGGGACAUCCCUGAGGAACAGUCACCACCAUCCCCAUGGGGAUGGGGAUGGAGAUGGGGACAUCCCUGAGGAACAGUCACCACCACCAUGGGGAUGGGGAUGGAGAUGGGGACAUCCCUGAGGAACAGUCACCACCACCCCCACGGGGAUGGGGAUGGAGAUGGGGACAUCCCUGAGGAACAGUCACCACCCCCACGGGGAUGGGGAUGGAGAUGGGGACAUCCCUGAGGAACAGUCACCACCA